UUGGAUACCAUUGCCAUUACUUCCGGACUUUCACAUUCAAAUAGACAUUUGAAACGAAAAAUACCAAACCAUGAUGAUCAUUGACAUCAUUAGAUCUAGAUCUAGAAUUUAGGUCCAUCUAUAUUUUACUAAUUUAGAGUCUAAAUUUCAUAAAAAAAACAACUUGUGAUACAGUUAUUUGAUUUCUAUUGUAAUCAUGGCUGAAAGUGAAAAUACAGAAACACAAAAAACAGAUUUGGUAGGUGAAGAUAAAAAUGUCAAUGGAAAUAUGGAGAAAGAAAUGACUCAAGUUGAAGAUAAGGAAGAGGACAGUAGUCAGCGUGAAAAAAACAUCUCAGCCAAUGCUGAUUCACCUCCAGAAACUGAUAAAAAAGAAAAGAAAGUCGUAAAAACUAAAGUCAAAGGUAAACCAUCUAAAGAUGAUAUUCAAGUGGAACAAACUCAGCCAGUCGCUGAAUCAACUGAAGCUAAUGCACUGCCUGAGAAUGUCUUCCCUCUGUUCAUGACCUCCAAGACUCAGGAGAUAUACAACUGCAAGUGUGAUGAGGAUGUCACCAUUGAGAACCCAUUUAUAAUGAUUCCCAAAGCUGACAUUUUGGAAGAUAUGAGAAUGAGAGCAGCUGUUUGUGACUUUCAUCCUUUUAAACAGGAAAUCUUGGACUAUCCUGGGGAGGAUAUACUCAUUAUGUAUGAUUAUGAAUUCAAAUAUGGACAGAAUUUUGUUGUUGCACUUACAGAGGAAGCUAAAGAGUUGUUAUUGAAGUCAACAGAGGAAGAUAAGACAGAAGCAGACAGUCAGGCUGCUGAAGAGGAGGAUGACACUGUGUACCUAUAUGUACCACCAGAGUCUAAGGAGUGGGUGUCGCAAGGGAGUGAAAAAGAAAUAGAUGAAGGAAUAUUAAAAGAAGGAAGAAGAAAGUUGAAAGUUUCAGUGAAACGAAUAAGAAAGGAAUUUGGUGCAGCUGUUACAUUUGAAGAUAGAAAUGUCAGCGAUGCUAAAGAUGGUAGUGUUGAUUGUCCUUCUUCUGAAGAUCGUAGUUUUGCUGUAGCUCGCAUUGAGUUGGACAAAGGUACUCAGGCUAUCCAUGAAGUGACCUCUGAAGGUGUACAGACAAACUGGACCUACCCAAGGACAGCCACUGUACAGACAUAUCCUAGAGAGUUUACAGAGCAAGAAAAAUUAGAAUUGUAUGACUCUGCAUCCUGCAAACAGUUUGUUUUCUCUGCUGAAUACAAUUUUCACCUGGCCCUACAGCAGAAUGAGAUCACCAGUGUCUUCUAUAUAGACUGGCACCAUCUGGGAGAUAGUGAUGAUACAUUUGGAAGCAAAGCUGACAACCAUAUGAAGGAGUAUCAGUCUUUCACAGACCUACAGUUUAGCAAAGAUAAAGUCAUUACUUGCAUACAAUGGCAUCCAGUUAUCAAAGGUGUUGUGGCAACAGCUGUUGCUGAAAAGCUGUCCUUUGACGAACGCAUUGACCAAUCAGCUAGAGUCAUCAUGACACCGUCUAUAAUCCUGAUUUGGAGUUUCACUGAUCCAAUACACCCUCAGCUUAUAUUGGAAGCUCCAGAUGACAUCUACAGUUUUGCCUUCAAUAACACAAAUCCAAAUUACAUAGCUGGAGGCUGUUACAAUGGGCAAAUAAUUCUUUGGGAUAUUACUAGUCAUGCAGACAGGCUGAAACAGCAACGUGGUAGUAACAGAAAUAAAAAGAGGACUGUUUUGCCAGGGUUUGAAGACCCCAAUGCUCUGAAGACGCCAAUCAUACAUUAUUGUGCAGUAUCCAGCAUUGAUCACAGUCACCGUGCACCAGUUACUGAUAUUCAAUGGCUACCUGAUCAUAUGCAGAUUACAAAAAUGGGAGUUCCUCAAGAAAAUAUUACGAAUGUGUCAACUCAGCUAAUCAGCUGCGCCACUGACAAUGUGGUACUGUUUUGGGAUACCAAACCAUCUAAAGUACAUCAAAUACAGGAUGACAAAACCAAGAUGCCAAUGGGAAUACCUGCAACAUUCAAAUAUUUAGACUUAACUUGGAAGCCUUUACUUCGAGUGACAUUAGCUAAAUCUGAACCAGGGGGAGAUCAUGCACCUAUAAAGUUUUCAAUACAAGAAAAACAGAAGGAAAGACUUACUGUUACUGGAGCCAAAUCAGAAAUGAAAGAUAUUGAUUUAAAUAAAACUGCAAGUACUUCUCAGAAACCAACUUCAGGAAAAGAGAAAACUCUUCAUGGUGUGAAAACAUUUAUGUAUGUUGGAACAGAGGAUGGUGAAGUGGUGUAUGUAGACUGGAUGCCUCAAAAAGAUCAAGACUCUGGUAAAAUUCAAACACCUAAACCAGCAUUCUAUCAUUGUCUUCAUGAUGGACCUAUUGUAUCCAUGGAGAGGUCACCUUUCUUUAAAGAAGUACUUCUCAGUGUUGGAGGUUGGACUUUUGCUUUAUGGAAAGAAGGUGUUUCGAGUGGUCCUAUAUUGUGUCCAGCUGCAUCAAAUGUCCGAUUGUCUUGUGGCAUGUGGUCACCAACCAGGCCAGGCGUUUUCUUUAUUUCUAAAGUAGAUGGAACCAUUGAUGUUUGGGACUUGCUGGACAAAACUCAUGAGCCAACUCUGACUCAAAGUGUUUCACCAACAUCCAUCUCUGCCAUCUAUCCAUACCAAGUCACACAAAAACAACAACUUAUAGCAGUUGGAGAUUACACAGGAACUCUUCAUAUUUUGGAAAUUCCUUGGAGUCUGAGACACCCUACAGCUAAUGAGGUUAAUGCUGUUUCAAAUUACAUUGAGAGAGAAGUGAAGAGAAGAGCGUUUGUGGAGGAGCGCUGGAAUUUUAGGGAAAGAGAAAAAAGAGAACAAGAAGCUGAGGUCAAAAGAAAAAUUGGGAUUGUUGGUGCCAUGGCUCCACUUACAGAAGAGGAAAUUGAAAUGAAACAAAGACUUGAGUAUGACCAAUAUCUAGCUGAGGAGAGUGCAUUUCUCAGACAACUUGGCAUCAUUCAGGAGGAUGAAGUUCUUGUUUGAAUGUUUUAUAAGAAUGUACUCAUUUUAAAAUGUGUAAAUACAUCUCUUUAUCCUUGGUUGUGUAUAUAUAGAGUUUAAAUUUAUAAAAAUAAUUAUCUGACUGGGACAUGUACACUAUUGAACACACAGCAAUGUAUAUUUAUAAGGUACAUUUUUAUUCGAGAAUGUAUUUUUAAUAGAUUUUAAAAUUAAUUGACAAAUUUGUUUAUAUUUGUUUUAAAAUUUAAUUUGAUUUGUUUAAUUUGAUCUCGCUAUAUAUACUAUUUGAAAUAAACAUAAAAUGUCUUUAUAAGAAUACGUUAUUGAAAGAAUUGGAAGGAAGUAACAAUGUAGAGCAAAAUAUAUUUUAAAAACUAGGUUACAGGAAAUGUUUUGAAUCUGAUACAAAUUUUUUUCACCUUUAAAGCAGAUUUCCAUUUUAGUUCUGGCUAUUUUAACUCAGUGAAUUCUCUCUGACUUUUUAUUCCUUACUGAACUAUCAAUUCCGUCCAAAACUUACAGGCACACAAAAUAACAAAAUUGUUUAAAAUGAACAUGUUUUUUUUUUAAUUUCUUCAUUUGAAUUUAUAUAAUAAAAUAAAAAGUAUUACUUGGUUGUU